GAUAUGAAACAGAGGUACGACUCCGUCGUACUUGCUUUUUUCCCGAGCCGUACUUUCCCAGGUCUCAACAUUGAAGGACAUUAUUAUGCCUGACCAAUUCUAAACCCUCAUUGGCUUCUCACACAGUCCAUAGGGUAGUUCACUUGAAGAUGUAGGUGAGCAUGAAAUGAGGCUAUAAACAACCAGAUAUGAACUUGAAAUCAUCAACACCUCAUACCUUCAUGUCAUGCAACCGUGGGUAGCACAAAUACCUGUGACGUCGUGAGGCUCUCGAUGAGGUGAGGUUGAAAGUGACAUGAUUGUCCAAUGAGACGCCCCUCAAUUGACCCCUGCGCGGAUUAACACCCUGCCGGCUCUCGAGCUCCCGUCCAAUCAGCAAGCUUGGGCUGGUGCCACUUGCUUUGAUGCCAGUGACGGCUUCGACUGUGAAAGAGCCUCCCCACCCAUAUCCCAAGCUCGCCUCAGUGCUAGCCAUUGACGCCGGAGAAGAGGCCGCAUCUGCGCGAGUACGCAAUCCGGCCCCCCUAACCGACGACACCACUUCAAUACCCCCCCAUCCCGAAUCCCCUCACAGAAAUGGCGUCGCUGUACAGACUCGCCGGCCGCAGCGCCAAGCGCCUCUGUCAAAGGCCAUCGUCGCCCUUCCUCACCACUCCGGCCUUCCCUGCUUCCCGCGCUUUCUCCGCGUCGGCCCUCCGAAGAGCUGGCGAGAUCACCUGGGAGGGCACCCGCCUGACCCCUACCAACCCCGACUUCGAGGCCGUCGCCGACCCCUACAAGCACAUCAUCGGCGCCCGGGAGGAAGCCCCCUCAAAAGUCCCUCUCGACACCGAGAACUCGGUCGACGACCGCAAGGUCCGUCACUACACAGUCAACUUUGGUCCCCAGCAUCCUGCCGCCCACGGCGUGUUGCGUUUGAUUCUGGAGCUGUCUGGUGAGGAGAUCGUCCGUGCCGAUCCACACGUUGGUCUUUUGCACCGUGGUACCGAGAAGCUGUGCGAGUACAAGACAUAUCUCCAGGCCCUGCCUUACUUCGACCGUCUCGACUAUGUUUCCAUGAUGACCAACGAGCAGUGCUUCUCGCUCGCUGUUGAGAAGCUGUUGAACGUCGAGAUUCCCGAGCGCGCCAAGUUCAUCCGCACCCUGUUUGGCGAGAUCACCCGUAUCUUGAACCACUUGAUGUCCGUCUUGUCGCACGCCAUGGAUGUUGGCGCUCUUACACCUUUCUUGUGGGGUUUCGAGGAGAGAGAAAAGCUCAUGGAAUUCUAUGAGCGCGUCUCUGGCGCCCGUCUCCACGCUGCCUAUGUCCGCCCCGGCGGUGUCCACCAAGACAUCCCCAUGGGUCUCCUCGACGACAUCUACCAAUGGGCGACGCAGUUCGGCGACCGCAUCGAUGAAACUGAGGAAAUGCUGACGGACAACCGCAUCUGGAUCAACCGUCUCAAGGGCGUCGGCGUCGUCUCGGCCGCCGAGGCCAUCAACCUCUCCUUCACGGGCGUCAUGCUCCGCGGCUCCGGCGUCCCCUUUGACAUCCGCAAGUCCCAGCCCUACGACGCCUACGACCAAGUCGAGUUCGACGUCCCUGUCGGUGUCAACGGCGACUGCUAUGACCGCUACCUCUGCCGCAUGGAGGAGUUCCGCCAGUCGCUGAGAAUCAUCCACCAGUGCCUCAACAAGAUGCCUGCUGGUCCUGUGAGGGUGGAGGACUACAAGAUCUCGCCUCCCCCCAGGAGCGCCAUGAAGGAGAACAUGGAGGCCUUGAUUCACCACUUUUUGCUGUACACCAAGGGGUAUGCGGUGCCGCCGGGAGAUACCUACUCUGCGAUUGAGGCGCCGAAGGGUGAGAUGGGUGUUUAUGUUGUGAGUGACGGGAGCGAGAGGCCCUACCGGGUGCACAUUCGGGCGCCUGGGUUUGCGCACUUGGGUGGGUUUGAUCACAUUUCCAAGGGGCAUUUGCUGGCUGAUGCUGUGGCGGUGAUUGGUACGAUGGAUUUGGUGUUUGGUGAGGUUGAUCGGUAAAUAGCUGGUAGAGUUGUUGAAAAUUCAGUGUUGUUGCAUCAUCAAAAUUUGACCAGUUCCGUUUUGGGGUGGUAGAUCUUUGGUGAUGCUGAAUAGGGGUUAGAUGGGGAACCUGCAUGUUUGUCUUUUCCUCUUGUUGCUGAAAAGGGAAUAGAUAGACGAGAAAAGGGGAGGGGAGGUUUGUGUAUAUUGCUGUUUCGAGAAGUCAGUCGUCGUUGUCGUAAACGAGUCGCCUUUUUCUCUUUUUUAGGCCGAGAAAGAACGAAAGAAAGAAAUACCAUGGUCGUGAUGAAAAUGAACUCGGCGCUGGCAAGGUUUUGAUAAUGAUGACGAACUGUAGGGGGCUCUGCUACAUUGCUGGGUGUUAUUGGUACCCGUUAAAGGGGGGAGUGACGGCUCGAGUAGGUGGUCUGAUGCCUUGUGGUGACGGCUGUAGGCAUUUCGAGAGAGAGAAGAAGGCUUGCAAAUGGAUCUCAUAGGCAUCGAACCCAUGUUGGGAGGCGUGCUGAUAUGUUGACUAGGCCUGUCUGUAAUAAUUCGAGGUCUGUUGAUGUUGGUUGUUGCCUCGAAAAGUUAAUCCGAGGCGUGAAAUAAAUCGCAAUCGGCCUGGUGAGAUAACUCAAAGGCGUUGAAUUGGAUGUUGGAGGC